AUGAACGUCAACAACGCUGUCACUGCUAUUGCCUCCUCAACGGGUGACAUCAGUAGUAAUGGCAACGGGACCAGUGCAGCCGAUGAGGCGGAAAUUUUACCCCACGAUAUACCAAGGUCGGUGCUCAUUGGGAGACCAUUGCUUAUCUUCACGUCAUGCUUUGUCUCAAUAUGUGUGUUCUUGUUCGGAUAUGACCAAGGUUAUUUCAGUUCGAUCAUUGUCAACCCCUACUUCAAAGAAGAGUUCGACAACCCGAGCUCCGUGCAAAUCGGAACGGUCGUGGCAAUUCUCGAGAUCGGUGCCUUGAUCACCUCUCUCUCGUUGACGCUGGUGGCAGAAAAAUUAGGCCGACGCAAGACAACUAGACUAGGGUCCCUUCUUUUCUCCAUAGGUGGUAUAAUACAAACGGGAUCAACAAACCUCACCGUCCUGGGUGUUGGAAGAUUUAUUUCUGGUAUGGGAGUGGGCUUUUUGAGCGGAACGGCUCCAACCUACAUGAUUGAGAUUUCGUCCCCGGAGUUGCGUGGUUUUUUGGGCUGUGUCCAGUUCACAGGUAACAUUCUCGGUUACUCGUCCUCGAUUUGGUUGGACUACUUUUGCAGCUACAUUGAAAGUAACAUGUCUUUCAGGAUUCCGCUAGCUUCGCAGGCCUUUUUCGGAUUUGUCCUCUUUUUCGGUUCGUUUGUCCUAGUUGAAAGUCCAAGAUGGCUUUUAGAGCACGAUCACGAUGAGGAAGGCUUGGUUGUCAUUGCAGAUCUAUUUGCCAACGGACAAGUGCACAACGAAGAAGCACUCACCGAAUUUAAAAAUAUCAAAGAAAACGUAUUGGUUGGAAGAUUAGAAGGGAAGUUGAACUUUUUGCAAACCAUACGGAGAUAUCCUCGACGGAUAUUCAUUGCAUGCUCGGCUCAGAUGUUUGCCCAGCUCAACGGUAUUAACGUCAUCUCGUACUAUGCUCCUUUAGUUUUUGAACAUGCCGGCUGGGUUGGUCGUGACGCACUCAAGAUGACAGGGCUUAACUCCUUAAUAUAUUUGCUGUCCACAUUAAUCCCAUGGAAAUUGUCAGAAUCUUGGGGAAGGCGGCCGUUGCUUAUGCUUGGUGGUCUGGGGAUGGGAAUUUCCCUAGUGUUGAUCUCGAUAAACGCAUACAUGAAAAAUUCUGUCAUGGUUGUGAUAUUUGUCUCGGUUUACAAUUCUUUGUUUGGAAUAUCAUGGGGACCGAUUGGUUGGUUAAUUGGCCCCGAAGUACUUCCCAACAAGGCUAGAUCAAGUGGAUCUUCACUGGCGACCGCAACAAAUUGGAUCUGUAACUUCAUCGUUGGACAGUCAGCCCCAAUUUUAUUAGAGAAAAUCUCCUGGAGGUUGUAUUUGAUUCAUGCAGUUUCAUGUUUCACUUCUUUCACUGUUGUCUAUUGGGUAUAUCCUGAAACCAAGGGAUUAUCAUUAGAGGAAAUGGACUCUAUUUUUAAUGAUUCAACUUCUUCAAGGCAUCCUAGUUUUGCUAGCAGCACUACGUCUACGCCAGUGUUUGAUUUAGAGCAGAGGGUGGGCGGUAUUUCUGCUAAUGUUAGUACCAACAGUACGCCACUGUUGCCUACCAUGGAUGACUCCAUUGAUGUGGAGAUUCCAAGUCUAAAAUCGAUACACAAGUUCAAAACUGAUGAUAGCAAAAGUAUACGGAGUUUCAAGAGUUGGAUGGGUUAA